GAUUAACAUUCUUGUAUAAUAAUAAUAAUCCAUACAUCUAUUUCUUUACCCGUUUUUGUUGCAUCACCAAAUUACCACUUCCGAUCAUCUGACUAAACCCUUGAGGUUUCCCGUCCAGAUUUACAUUGGAAUUUACAUAUAUUAAUCCCCGACUUCUGUUGCCGUUGCCGAUAAAUGGGGUCGCCGGAGGCAGGAAGAUGCAACUCUCAAAACUCAACGAAAAGAGUGUUUCCUGGGAGAUCUUCCAGCACGGAAUCCAAACUAGAGACGUCUUCUUCGCCUUGUAAUCAUCCGCUAAAAGGCAAGAACAAGAUGCAUGAAGAAGACGAGGUAAUAAGAAUAAGUUCAAUGCAGGGCAUCAUUAUCUCACCAACUUACAGUGGCGUAGUAGAACAAGAUUCAGUUAAUCGCAAGAUAAUGUCCUCCACUUCAGAAAAACUCACUCGUAUAGAAGAUCUGAUCACGUCGAAUCAAGAUUCCAGAAAGAUCCAAAACAGCUCAAAUGUAAUGGGGAUUUAUAAUUACUCCAACAUGAUCCAACAAAAACGCAAUGAAGUGAUGAGAAAGUAUCGGGAAUUCAACAAGUUUGAUAUUGUUGAGGACUAUUCUGAUCAUCACUAUAAAGUUAAAGGGCCAAAUUCGGAAAAAAUGCAGCCACAAAAAAACUGGGCUAAAAGGAUACAAAAAGAAUGGCGAAUGCUCAAGAAGGCCUUGCCAGAUACAAUAUUUGUUAGGGUUUAUGAAUCAAGAAUGGAUCUUUUAAGAGCAGUGAUUAUAGGAGCUGAAGGGACACCAUAUCAUGAUGGUCUUUUUUUCUUUGAUGUGUUCUUCCCUUACAAGUAUCCAGAUGUUCCCCCAAAAGUGCAUUAUCAUUCUAGUGGCUUGAUAAUUAAUCCGAAUCUUCAUUACGAUGGGAAAGUUUGUUUGAGCCUUUUGAACACUUGGAGUGGUGGCAAGAAUGAGAAGUGGACACCUGGCGUUUCGAGUAUGCUACAAGUUUUGGUGUCUAUACAGGGUUUGAUUUUGAAUGAAAAACCCUAUUUUAAUGAUCCGAUAUUUGCACGUCCGAGUGGCUCUAGAACUGGGGAAUAUCGUUCGAUGAAAUAUAAUGAGCGGACUUUGAUUUAUUCUCUCAAAACUAUGGUCUACACCAUGAGGAAUCCACCUAAGCAUUUUGAAGAUUUGGUGAUUGGGCAUUUUCAUAAUCGUGCAGUUAGUAUUUUGACAAUUUGUAGAGGUUAUACUAAAGGUGUAAGAGUUGGAUGUGGUGUUAAUGUGGGCGAGGAGAAGAGUUCACAUGGAUUUCAGAAAAAUGUUGAACGGCUCAUGAGGACACUUGUUCGGGCAUUUGAAAAAAUAGGAGUUGAUAAUAUUGACAAAUUCAUUCCAGAAAUUGUCCCCGAGUUUACCCCCCAAACUCGGAAUUUGGCUCAAAAGAUAAGGGCAUUUUUCUGUAUCAAAGGGUGAUACUUAUAAUCAUGUAAAUAAUAGGGAACACUUGUGCGUUUAACAUUAGGUUGAGGUUUGACAUAUAACAUUGGUUUUUAAUUCUUUAAAUUGUGAGUUCUGGUUGUUUUUGUUCUUUUGGAAUCAAUUGACACUAGAAAUAGUGGAAAAUAUCG